AUGUCACAGAAUAGAUCUGGGGUAUUUUCGAACCUGCGCAUGGGCGAAGUCGUCCGCGAGAAGGUCCAGGAUGGACUGACCGGGGAGACCAAAGAGAUCUCGUAUACACAAUGCAAAAUUGUGGGCAAUGGGUCGUUCGGUGUGGUCUUUCAAACGAAAAUGAUGCCGAGCGGCGAGGAUGCUGCCAUCAAAAGGGUCCUUCAAGACAAGCGUUUCAAAAACCGUGAGUUACAAAUCAUGCGGAUCGUCCGUCAUCCCAACAUUGUAGAAUUGAAAGCUUUCUACUACUCGAAUGGCGAGAGGAAGGAUGAAGUGUAUCUGAACCUCGUUCUCGAAUACGUACCAGAGACCGUUUAUCGGGCGUCGCGGUAUUUCAACAAGCUGAAGACCACCAUGCCAAUGUUGGAAGUCAAGCUGUACAUCUAUCAACUGUUCCGCUCUCUGGCAUACAUUCAUUCACAAGGCAUCUGUCACCGUGAUAUCAAGCCGCAAAACCUUUUGCUCGAUCCGAGCACUGGGAUUCUCAAACUCUGCGAUUUUGGUUCCGCCAAAAUUCUGAUAGAGAAUGAACCGAAUGUCUCUUAUAUCUGUUCCCGCUACUAUCGUGCGCCAGAAUUGAUCUUUGGCGCCACUAACUACACAACGAAGAUUGAUGUGUGGUCGACGGGUUGUGUCAUGGCUGAAUUGAUGCUUGGGCAGCCACUUUUCCCUGGGGAAUCGGGAAUUGACCAACUCGUCGAAAUUAUCAAAGUGCUAGGUACUCCUACUCGGGAACAAAUUCGUACAAUGAAUCCCAACUACAUGGAGCAUAAGUUCCCUCAGAUCAAGCCUCAUCCAUUCAAUAAGGUGUUCCGGAGAGCCCCCCAUGAGGCUAUUGACUUGAUCUCUGCUUUGCUGGAAUACACGCCAACUCAACGUCUUUCCGCGAUCGAGGCGAUGUGCCACCCGUUCUUCGACGAGCUCAGAGAUCCUAACACGCGACUGCCCGAUUCCCGGCACCCGGGUGGUGCCGUCCGUGACCUUCCCAAUCUUUUCGAUUUCUCCAGACAUGAACUUUCCAUUGCUACCGCACUGAACAGCCGCCUGGUCCCUCCCCAUGCACGCCCUGCGCUCGAGGCUCGCGGACUUGACAUUGAUAACUUCACUCCGCUCACCAAGGAUGAGAUGAUGGCACGUCUUGACUGA